AUGGAUGCACAUAAUAGUAGCUUCUUGAAACCUCGUUGCCUGUCUAAGGCACUUGCCCUAGCUUGCUUCAUCAAAGGUACAUUCUGCAUAUAUAUGACGUUGGUAUCAUGGCACUCGAAGAUGGAGCGACCUUGGGUACAGCAGAGUUUAACACGCUUCGCCCCCGACGUGUACCCAGUAGGAACAUCAACAACGGCGCAAGACGAAAAGACAUACACAGUAACUGAGAGGCUUGCGUACAAAGUGAACUCAGAACUGCCUUAUUCAGAUCUUAUGGCCCUACUGGAUGACCAAAAUCCUGACGGGAGUCUUAACGAACAUUUCUACGGGGGCAUGCAAUUCAAGCUCUGGAAACAGCUACUACCUUUUCUCAGCUGGGACGGAGAGCGUAUGCUAAAGAUAGCUAUUGAUGAAUUAGUAUAUGGUAGUGAAGACUCAGCAGCGUUCAUGCCCUUGCUCCCAUAUUUGGUAAACGUCGGUGGCAAGACUCUCAGAUUCCUACAUCUCAAACUUGCCUCGCGAUGGGGAAUCGAUCCUGAAUCAGUUAAAGCGCCAAAAACUCUAUACAUGGCGUUAGCAGGCGUGAUAAUAGCAAACCUGGCUGGAAUAGUGGCCGCGGGUGUGUUGUACCUGCUAGUGUGGGAGGUAAUGUAUAGGCGAAUGCUCCUGGCCACGAAUGGAAGCAACAUACCGUCGUCUAUGACCGAUGAGAAGACACCUACGUCUCUGACUCCACAAUAUACCGAGAAAAUAGCAUACUUUGCGGUAUUGUUCUUUUGUCUAGGGCCUGCCACGGUCCAUUGUACCAGCAUAUAUACGGAGAACAUAUUCUGUAUGUGCACCUUCGGCGGUCUGCUGCUGCUUUUCUUCGCUGAAGACAACCGGAAAAUCGCAAGGCAUUGCGAUUCAUAUGAUAACAAGGCCCUUGUGAAGGCAUAUAUAUGCGAGGUCGCUGCUGUCGCACUAUUUUUCCUUGGCGCAACGUCGCGUUCUAAUGGAGUGCUAUUGUUGAUACCGCUGUUUUUCUACACACUGAGGACCUGCAGUCUUUUCAGCAAAUGGAACCUGCACUAUGCUUACGAUUUGAAGCGCCUAUGCCCCAAAGGAAAGGUGGUUUGUUAUCGCUUCUCAUAUAUGGCUAUCGCCAGAUUCCUUUUUCAUUGGUUACGGUCCUUAGUGUAUGCUGUAACGCUCCUGGCUCCUAUGGUUAUAUUUCAGUUAUAUCUUUACUGCCUUUACUGUCUGAAGCUCACGUCAGAGCAAUUGCAGUUAAUAGCGAGAUUUCCGGCGUUCGUUCGCGUGAUCACCACACCCAGUGGUGUCAAGGAAUUGGUAUCCAUCCUAAAGGCAGUAAAGCUAAACUCGAGACCAUGGUGUGCCGCCAUCCCACCUCAGCCAUAUGCCUUCGUACAGAAACAGUACUGGGAUGUUGGGUUUCUCUGGGUCUUAAGGCAACCCCUUCGUCUUCAUGUAUUUCUAUACUGUUGGACAUCAUAUCUGGUGACGUACUACGCCAUUAAAUGGUACGCCACCUUUAUUAACAAAAUGUACAAGAACCUUACACAAUCAGUCAGAAAAGAGGGAGUGGGAAUUGGUAAGUUAUUUAGUUAG